AUGCCACGAUCAACAUGCACAUGCGAGAAAGAUCUUCAAACUUACUGUGGUCUUUCACAAAAGUGGGAAGGUCGAAGUGAAUUGAAAAGAAUUAUACAUAUUCGAACACAAGACAUUGGUUUAAUGCCAGAAAUUGAAGAUAAUCGUAUAACAGAUUUGGCAACAUGUCAAAAUCUCGAAGUUGAAGGAGAAUUAAGAAAGUAAUUUAAAUAGAAUCUUCCGUGGAAAAUUAUUAAAAUCGUUAAAUUUUCUUCUUUUAUUGAAUGUCAAAUCAAUACAAAGUUUACAGAAGUGAGAAUAAAGGCUCAGAGAAUACUCCACUAGCGUUUAAGGUGGUCAACAGAGCUUGUAAAAGAAUUAUGCAUGUUAAAAUUAUUGCAUAACUUUGUAUCUGAAGUAUCUAGUGAAUUUUUAAAUAAUAGACAAUGUGUUGAAGUCAAACACGAUAUAAACUUGUUUACAAUUUUGAAUAAAAUUAGCAAAUGAAACCAAACUUAAUACAUUCUAUCUCUCUUUUAUUGCUUUUAGUAGCAUAGACGUCUUUGACAUUAACUUUUGAAUUGUAAGUUGUGCAUUAAAGGCGCGGGGGACAUUAUUACAUCUCCCCCUACUUUUGAAAUUUAACUAUGCAAGAUCUCUAUUUUAGACACUUUACUAAAUGGAAAACUUUGCG